UCGUACCUUUUUCUCCACAGGAUCCUUCUCCACUCUUUUCAUCUCUCUAACAAUGAACAAACCCAAAAAAUUAUAAGGAUUCAAAAAAGGAAGCAUGGCGACUGCUACUUUGUCCUUCUCUCCUCUCUCUCACUCCCAUUCCCAUUCUUCUUCUUCUUCCCUCAAACUGACACCGUUUCUCAGAUAUGGCAAGAAACAACUUCACCUUCACCACCAAAUCUUCAUUACCAUCUCAUACCCAAAUUACCACUCUACCCUUUCUCGCCACCUAGCCGUCUCAAGAGACGACGCCUCCACGCCUCUCGAAGAGACCGAGACCAUGGAACUCGAAGACGCGACUGAGAAGCGAAGAAGAGAAGAGGAGAAAUUCGCGGUUUUGAAUACUGGGAUCUAUGAGUGUAGAUCAUGUGGGUACAAGUACGACGAAUCAGCGGGCGAUCCAUCGUACCCAAUCCCACCGGGUUUUCAGUUCGACAAGUUACCUGAAGAUUGGAGAUGUCCAACUUGUGGAGCUGCAAAGACUUUUUUCGAGAGUAAAAUGGUUGAAAUUGCUGGUUUUGCUCAAAAUCAACAAUAUGGACUUGGUGGUAAUGCACUUACUUCUGGCCAGAAAACUGCUUUAAUCUUUGGGAGUCUCUUCCUCUUCUUCAUGCUUUUUUUGAGUGGCUAUUUUAUCCAAUGAUGAUGUUUACUAUUUAUGUUAAUGAUGUUAUUACAAUUUUUAUAAUGUUUCAAUACACACCAGCAUUCUCAUUUGUUACCUACAA